UGACACAUAGUGAGAGAUUAAUCAUAAGCAUAUGAAAAAUGGUGUUUGCUUUGUGUCCGAGCAGAUAAGAUAAGAAAGCAGAAACCGCGGUUUCAAGACAUUCAAAUCAAACCACAACUUCCAUGGCUAACUACUCCAACCCUCAUAUCUGCCAAUGUUUGAGUCGCUUGCUAACCUUCCGGCGACACUUUCCGGUCACUAUCUCCGGCCACCGCCGCAGGACCGGCCAACAGUUGGUGGAGGAAGUGUUGUCCCUAGCACAAGGCCUAAUCCAGCUAGGAGUCACACCAGGUGACGUGGUCGCCAUCUCUGCUUACAAUAGUGAUUGGUAUCUGGAGUGGUUAUUAGCCAUUGCAUAUGUUGGAGGGAUAGCUGCUCCUCUGAACUAUCGCUGGAGUUUUGAAGAGGCAAGAUUAGCAAUGACUGCAGUGAGGCCAGUGAUGUUAGUGACUGAUGAGAGCUGCUAUACGUGGUGCUUAAAACUCCAGAAAAAUGAUAUUCCAUCUCUGAGGUGGCUUAUUUUGUUGGAUUCCCCUUCCUUAAAUUUUACAAAGAAGUGGAAUGUGUUAACCCCGGAAAUGAUUAAGAGGCAUCCUGUAAAGCCUCUAUCAUUUAAUUACUCCUGGGCAUCUGAAGGAGCUGUCAUAAUAUGCUUUACAUCAGGAACUACGGGAAAGCCUAAGGGAGUCACCCUAAGCCAUGGAGCUUUGAUCACACAAUCCCUAGCCAAGAUUGCCGUAGUUGGGUACAGUGAGGAUGAUGUCUAUCUGCAUACUGCUCCAUUAUGCCAUAUUGGUGGCUUGUCAUCAGCCAUGGCCAUGCUUAUGGUUGGUGGUUGCCAUGUCUUGUUGCCAAAGUUUGAUGCAAACUCAGCUGUUGGUGCCAUACAGCAAUUUUCCGUGACAUCUUUUAUAACAGUUCCUGCAAUAAUGGCCAGUCUGAUUUCUGUAAUUAGGCACAAACAGACCUGGAAAGGCGGAGAAACUGUCAAGAAAAUACUUAAUGGGGGUGGAAGCCUCUCACUUGAGCUCAUCAAGGACACUAGCAUAUUCUUCCAUAAAGCCAAGCUUAUUUCAGCUUAUGGGAUGACAGAGACAUGCUCUUCAUUGACAUUCCUAACACUCUAUGAUCCAAUGCAUGAAACCACAAGCCAUCCCCUUCAAAUAUUUGGUGUGGCAGGAUCCAAUAUAAUUCACCAGCCACAAGGUGUUUGUGUUGGCAAGGCUGCACCCCAUGUAGAACUGAAGAUAUGUGCAGAUGCCUCUGGUCACAUUGGGAGAAUUUUAACUAGAGGACCACAUACAAUGCUCAGGUAUUGGGAUCAAAUCCUCACAAACCCAUUAAAUCAGAGGAAUGAAGUAUGGUUUGACACAGGUGACAUUGGAUCUAUUGACUGUUAUGGCAAUUUGUGGCUCCUUGGACGAACAAAUGGUCGUAUCAAGAGUGGUGGGGAGAAUAUUUACCCUGAAGAGGUUGAGGCAAUUCUACGAGAACAUCCAGGGAUUGCUAGUGUUGUUGUUGUGGGAAUCCCAGAUGCUUACCUGACAGAGAUGGUGGCAGCAUGUAUCCAACUAGGAGAAAAUUGGCAAUGGUCAGAGCAAUCAGCUUCAAAUGAAGAGUUUCACCUAUCUAGAAAGAAUCUCCAGCAAUAUUGCAUGGAAAAUAAUUUAAGCAGGUUUAAGAUACCGAAAAUAUUUAUUGUAUGGAAGAAGCCUUUUCCACUCACUACCACAGGAAAAAUAAGAAGAGACCAAGUUGGAAAGGAAGUUAUGUCUCAUUUACAAUCUUUGCAUAGUAAUCUUUGAAUAUAUCAAGGCCUCAGUGCCCCUUUACUUAACAACUGCAUGCUCCAAAAUGCCAUGAAAGAAGAAGAAGAAUGGUUGAAUCUAUAAUACCACGACCAAUAUUGCAUUGAUACCUAAGAUAUGUGACCUUAACAUUUCCAGUUUUCCACACACAGGAUGAUAAACAAGAAAU